AUGAGGAGUCCAGUUCCUUCACGGUAUGCAAAAGUUAUCUCCAGUAAUCAAGAAGGUACGGACUCAAAUCAAAACUUGUCCUACAGUUUUCGACUGGGGAUUUCAAGUGAUGUUGAGGAUAUUCAGGCUUUCCGCAGAAAUGACGCGCGCCGUCACAGUUAUACAGAUGUUCUGUCUCUCACAAAUGAGGAACUUCACCCAGAUAUUUUGUUGGACCAGGAUAUAGAGGGGUUCGAUUAUGACCCUGUCCAAAAUAAGAUAUUUACCGAUGAAGGUUCACGGAGAGCCUCUUAUGAGAAUCGCUUUCAAGCUGCUUUGCUGCGACACCUAGUCUUAUUCUUAAUAGGUGUUUUUACUGGUCUUUCUGCUUGUCUAAUUGAUUAUGGCAUUGAAAUUAUUUCCCAGUCUAAAUACCGAUCAAUAUCCUGGCUAAUCAGUUAUUACCCUCACUCCUUGUGGAUUUCUGUCCCAGGCUUUUUAUGGUGUGUUAUAAACUCAGUCCUCACAGGCGCCGCAGCGACACUGGUCGUCUAUCUAGCCCCAGUUGCUGCUGGAAGUGGAAUUCCUCAAAUCAAAUGUUACCUCAACGGUCUUAAUAUCCCUCGUGUAAUGCGUUGCCUCACUAUGGUAGUGAAAGGUGUUGGUGUGGUCUUGUGUGUUUCAGGGGGGUUAGCUGCUGGCAAAGAAGGACCAAUGAUACAUAUUGGCUCAGUGAUUGCUGCUGGAUUAUCCCAAGGACGCCUUCGGUUUUGCAAAGUGUCAUUGAAGUGUCUGCAGAUUUUUAGAAAUGACCAGGAAAAGCGUGAUUUCGUCAGUGCCGGUGCGGCCGCUGGUGUUGCAGCCGCUUUUGGGUCGCCAGUUGGUGGUCUCUUAUUUUCCCUAGAAGAAGGUGCUAGUUUUGUGUACCAGAGGUUAACAUGGACAAUACUCUUUACGUCUAUGGUUUCGAUGUUUACUUUGGCUCUAUUUAAAACCCUCACCCGUACUCAUGUAUUCAAAUUUACUCCGGGAGGUCUUGUCAGCUUUGGUACUCUUGAAUCUUUGAACGACUAUAACGCCUAUGAGAUUCUCAUGUUUUUAGUAAUGGGUUUGAUUGGCGGGUUAUCUGGAGCAUUAUUUGUUAAAGCCAAUUCAGUGUUAACGAGAUAUAGGCAAAAAAAUAUUACGACGAAGUACAAUAAAAUUUUGGAAGCCAUGCUAGUCAGUGCAUUAACGACUACGCUGUGCUUUGCUAUUAUGUGGGCUGUUCGUGACUGUAGUCCGCUAGCAUAUACCAGCAGUUCUUUUCCCUUAAAAAUGAUGUGUGCAGAUAAUGAGUUCAAUUCAAUCUCUUCGCUACUCUUCUCAACACCUGAGCGUUCACUAAGGACCCUACUCCAUGAUCCACCAAUGACGUACAGCAUUUUUGUAUUGACAAUAUUUGUGUUUGUGUACUAUUUCUUGGCCUGUAUUACCUUCGGUUUAUCAGUUCCAGCUGGUCUAUUUAUUCCAUCCUUGCUCAUCGGUGCGGGUUGGGGGAGAAUAAUAGGGAAUGUAAUGCAUACUGUCGAUCCUGUUCAUUUUUCGGAUCCCGGGAAAUUCGCUCUAGUCGGAGCUGCAGCACAAUUAGGUGGUAUUGUUCGUAUGACUUUAAGUCUGACAGUUAUUCUUAUGGAGGCUACAGGAAAUGUGAUUGUCGGCUUACCUUUGCUGAUGACCUUGACCGUUGCGAAGUAUAUGGGGGAUUGUUUAAGUGAAGGUAUAUACGAUGAACACAUUGGACUAAGUAGCAUGGCUCUACUUCCAUGGACACCACAUUCAUUAGCUAUAACUAAACGAGCUUAUGAUUUAAUGUCCAAUCCCGUUGUAUUUUUACAUCCUAUUAUGCGUGUCAGUGACUUGGUUGACCGUAUUUCGAACAAUUUACAUCAUGGAUUUCCAGUUGUUGUUGGUUCUACAGAUCCGUCCAGAUUUUCAUAUGGCACCUUAGUCGGCAUGAUUUCAUCUGAGCAUUUAGGACUUUUACUUCAAAAACGCGCCUUCUGUAAAGAUGGCAAUACAGUGUACACAAUGCGUUAUGAAGAUUAUGAUAAUGCCUAUCCAUCGUAUCCUAAGUUGGCCGAUGUUCUAGCUAACUUAUCGUAUGAAGAUAUGGAUGCUUAUUUGGAUUUGAGACCUUAUAUGUGUGAAGCACCGUAUAGUGUUCCAGAGACUAUGACAAUGACUCGUGUCUAUCACCUCUUCCGUCUUCUGGGCCUUCGACAUCUACCUGUUGUUGAUAAUCAAAACCAAGUUCGCGGAAUUAUUACACGAAAGGAUUUAAGACGUUUUAAAUUUCAAUUUGUCGGUGAUGAGUAUCGUGUGGAAGAGUUGAUUUUCUCGCGUAAAAUGUAA